AAAAUAUAAUAGGACUUUACCAUCUUGAGGGUGUGAGUGUGAGUGUGAAUGUGAGUGUGAGUGUGAGUGUGAGUGUGAGUGUGAAUGUGAGUGUGGGUGUGAGUGUGGGUGUUUCUUUUCUAAAUUGACACCCACACCCACACCCAUCGUUCCAUGAUUUUUGUGAAACAUGAUUGAAAAAGUGUAUUGAAGUUUAAGAACAGAACAUUGAUAUCCCAUAUCUCGUUCCCGCUCACUUACCAAACAUUAUCAAUUGCUAUUAAUUAAUUCGUACGAAAUAUACUUUGUGUUCAUUAAUAUUAAUUCACUUUCUUGCUAGCAGACAUUCGUUCUCCCUAAGUGUUUACAGGAGAAAGUCUCCUUGUGUUCCAAUAGUUUAAAGUAUCAUUUUAGAUUGAAUCGUGUAUUCAACCUAAAUUAGAUAUUUACUGUACAAGUGUGGUCAUGGUCGAAGGAUUAUCUAAUGAUUUUCGUGAGUCAAUCAAACGACAUAAAGAAAGAGUAGCUCUCAUAUGGUUUCAGUCUUCUCCGAUUAUCAAUGCUGAAUUUAAACAAGCGAAAGACCAAAUACAAGCUAUCCACAACUGGAUAUUUGAUUAUGAUAAUAUUGAAAGAAUUGUUACCGAUUUGCAACAGAUCGAUUUUCGAGCAAAGUUUUUUCUCAUUACUUCCGACGAUGAUGCAGUGGAACUCCUUCCAAGGAUUCACCAUAUUCGUCUAUUAGACUCUAUAUUUCUCUUUUCGAAUGAUCGAACUCAAGACCAACAUUUCUUGGAUCGAUUUGAUAAAAUUGUGAACACAUUCAGUCGUUGCAAUGACCUUGUCACCUCAGUAAAAGAAAAUCUUACGGAUGUGGAUAAACACAUUGAAAUAUUUUCUUUCUAUAAUCAACAUCAGCGGGCAAUACAAGAUUUAUCAAAUGAAUCCGCAAAAUUCCUUUGGUAAUGUUCUUUGAUUGAAUAUACUUAUUUCGUGUAUAAUCUCGUUUUUCUUCUAGGCUUCAAUUAUUCAAGGAUGUUAUUCUUCAUUUACCUGAAGAUGAUGAGGAGGCCAAGGAAGAAAUGAUCGACGUUUGUCGUCAAUAUUAUCAAAACAAUCGACAAUUUCUUAAACAAAUCGAUGAAUUUCAGGAAGAUUAUCAUCAAGAUGCCUCUAUCGAUUGGUACACGAAAGAUGGAUUUAUUUAUCGACUGAUUAAUACAGCUUUGCGAACAGAAAAUAUCGAGCAACUGUACAGAUUUCGAUAUUAUAUUACUCAUCUCUCUAAACGACUUCGAAUUGAAUAUCGAAAUUUUCGAGCAAGUGACAAAAAGAUGAUCACCUUAUAUCGUGGAUCGUGUGUGACUCAAGAUGAAGUUGAACAACUCCAGGCAAAUAUAGGUCAGUUAAUUGCUGUGAAUACCUAUUGGUCAACGAGUCGAAAUGAAACUGUUGCACGUACAUAUAUUGCUGAUGAUCAAAAUGAUGCCGAUCUAGUUGCUGUACUAUUUAAAAUUGAAUGCAGUAUACAAGAUCAACAAAGUUCUGUGAUUUUUGCUGAUGUAGCCGAGUAUAGUAAAAUUCCUGACGAAGAAGAAGUUCUAUUUGACAUCGGAGCAGUUUUUCGAAUCGAAAAUAUCACAUGGGAAGCACUCAAUAAUACAGAGGUUGUCGUUGUACAAAUGAAAACAACGAACGAAGGCCAAGAUAUUCUUGAAGAAUAUCAAAACCAAAACCGAGAAGAAAUGAACGUGGAAAGUCCAACGAUCAUGUUAUGCACAAUUCUGAAACGAAUGGGAAAAUUCGAUCAAUCUCAUCAACUUCUUCAACGACUCCUCGAUCAUCCGAAUGGACAAAAUCUAGUUCAUAUUCACAAUCGUCUUGGCAUUACCUACAAAGAUGAGCGUCGAUAUGAUCUUGCAUUGGAGCAUUUUGAGCAAGCACUGCAACUAAUCAAUUCUUCGGAUCCAUCUCAACGAAAGUAUGCCGCUUUUAUUCAUCAUAACAAAGGUUUACUUUAUGCGAGAAGAGCACAACUCGAUGAAGCACUCGAAUUCUAUGAGUACGCGAUCAUAAUGCUGAAAAAGGAGAUAAGUACUCCGGACACCGGCAUUGCACAAUUUUUAAGUAGCAUCGGACGCAUUUAUUUCCACCAGAGAAAAUAUCAAAAAGCACUUCAGUAUCAACAGGACGCAUUACAAAUGAGAGAAGAAUGUUUACCAGCGGAUCAUCUCGUUCUCGCGUUUAGUUAUGCAGAUAUUGGCAAUAUUUACCGACGUCAACGUGAUUAUGAACAGGCAUUGCACUAUCACAAGAAAGCCUUGGCUCUUCGACAGAGAUAUUUACCAGCCAAUCAUCACAACACGGCAUACAGCCUUCAUGAAGUUGGAAAAUUUUAUUUCGAAAUGGGUGAGCAUGAGCAAGCUCGUCGAUAUUAUUUCGACUCCCUGGAAAUAACAAAAAAAUGGUUGUCGAUCUCUUUCAAAGAUUCUAUUCCAUCCCUUCUGGAAGAUAUUGCCAAGACCUACGAUGUCUCUAUGCCUGAAGAGGCACUUAGAUAUCGAUUGGAAGCAUUAGAAAUUCGAUGGCAAGUUGAACCUAUAAAUUAUUCUAGAUUGAUCUAUCAACUCGAUCAACUUGUUGCAACAUAUGAACAACUGAACAAUGUCGAUGAUUCACUCAAGUAUGCUAAACAAGCAUUAGAAAUUCAAAGAAGCAUUCAACCCGAUAAUUAUUUGGCUGUUAGUCAACGACUCGAUCACCUUGGUUUUAUGUGCAAAUUAAUGCGAAAUUUGAACGAUGCACUUAUGUAUUAUGAAGAAGCUUUGGACAUUCGAGCAAGACAUUUACCCGAUGAACGUUGGUAUUUGGCAUGCAGUUGGAAGAAUGUCGCUACUGUUUAUGAACAAAUGAGAGACCAUAGGCGUGCUCUGGACUCUUAUAAACGAGCAUGGACUGAAUAUCAUGUUAAUUAUCAACAUAAACAUAGCUUUUGUCAGGAAAUGUCGAGAAAUAUCGCUCGUGUCAAACGUUACUUAUGA